AUGGAGUCUCUUUCGGCGUUAAAGGAGGCACGCGCGGACGCGACGUGUCUCCCCUGCGGUCGGUCUUCGUCGCUCUCGCAAUCACCCGCGCCGUCUGCCGCUGAGCCCGGGGCCUCGGGCCGAUCUACGCUGCCGGCGACAAAUCUCGAGCCGGUCGCUCUCAACGGCACGUCUUCGCCUUACGGCAGUCCGUCUCUGGCUCCAGCGUCUCUAGGGAAACCUGCCUCGCAUCCACUGUCUCGCGAAGUCGCGCGUAUCCUCUCCCGUCCGUUCCUCGACGCUCCGUUCUUGCCGGAGGCCUUGGCGUGUCUCUCUUCGUUCUAUUUGCCUGGACACCACACAGACCCCGAGGGCUCGAAGGCCUCUUUGGGCGCCACUUCGCGAGCGGGACUGGGCACGCCGCCCCUGCUUGUUCCUCUUAUUUAUCGAGAGAAGUUGCGAAUUCACCAAGAGGCCCUCGCCGCCUUCGCGCCCAUCCGUUCGCAGAUUGCCGACCUCAGCUGUCAAGUGCAACUCCUGUCGCGCACGUGUUCUCAGGCUGCCUCGCAGCUGCGCAGAAGCCGGUCCCACCUCGCCCCGCUUCUCCACGGAGUCGAGGCUCUUCGCGGACAGCAGCGGACGCUCCACAGUCGCCAGCGACUUUGUCACCUCCUCCUCGACUCUCUCCAGUUGCCCGAGCCUCUCCUGGAAGCUCUCACGGGCCGGAAAGGCACAUUCGGCGCCUACCUCGCCGAGGGCGCCGCGGAGACGGCAGGGCCGCCGAGCGAGGCGGGGGACAACGGGGCAGGUCUGCAGCUGACGGGGCCGGAACCGAGGCCCGAAGAAGCCGCGAAGGAAGAUCUGCGUCUCGAUGGACGCUUUUUCGAGGCCUUGCAGGAACUGGAGAAGAUCCGGAAACGCGCGUUGAAACUGCAGGCGAAGAUGUCGCAAGCGUCGAUGGCGCAUCGCGAGUUCUCCAAAGAGCAAGAGCUGGCGCGGACGAAUCCCGAACCUCUCGACGGACCGCUCCAAUUCUUCUCGCGGGCCGCGCCGAGGCUGGCAGAUGACGUGCUUCAGCACACAGCGGACCUCCGAGAGGCGGCUUACGAGCGGCUGUACCUGUGGAUUCAGCGGGUUUUUAGGAGCGCGGUUGGGGCCGGGGUCAGUUCCGAGGCGAGGCCAGGAGGCAGACGCAGUGAAACCAGUGGACCGAGGGGACAGAGCGGCAAGGGCUACAGGGACGCGCCCGACACGCACUCGAAGGGGAUCGAAACUCUGGCCAUCAGGCACGUCGAGGCGUUUGCAGCGGCUUUGGCGGCGACCGGCCUGAUUGACAAGUGCGAGCGCGAGGGGACGAGAACCUGUGGUGAGCAGCGUCUGAGAGCGGUCCUCGGAGUGGAGGAAGACUCGCCCCUCUUGCUUCGUGGUUUCCAGGUUCUCGAAGAGCGGCCCGCGUACCUCCAGGACUCCGUUCAAGAAUUCUCCCGUGUCCGAUCCCAACUGAUCACCGACGCGUUCUGGGGCACGCCGCUGGACUCCGAAGGCGAUCGCGUUCUGCCGCGCGGGACUGGUCCGGUCUUGAGCGUUUUGACGACGGCACGAAACCUCUCCGCCUAUUGGAGAAAGGCCGGAGUUCUGGGCGGAAACAAAGCCGUAGGUGGAAAACCAAAGGCAGAUGUGGAGGGCCGAACAGGUGCCGACGCCGCGCCACACGUCCUUCCUCUCGGCGCCUCCUUCGACACCGUCUGCCGAGCUGAGCCCGUUCAAUUCUUGCGGGCGACACUCCAGUAUGUGGCGCAUGCCGUGGCGGCUGAACGCGCCGUCACGCGCGGACUUGUGGUCCUGCUCCCGAGUGAGGACGCGCAGUCGCCUUCGCGUGGAGCCCCCGCGGGGAACGAAGCUGUUGGAGGGAAAUCGGCGAAGCAGACUGAAGAGACAGACCGGCCCGGAGGGGCUGAGAGGAGCCAGCGAGAGAGUUUGGCGGGAGUCGACACCCACCAGGAUCUCCAGGCAGGAGCGAGCGGGACGCAAGACGCGACUGGAGAGGAAUCGAGGAGAGCCCUUGAAAAGACGCAGCAAGGCGGAUUUGAAACCGGAAAGUCUGCAGCUCGUGCGGGGGGUUACCCUUCGGAAAGCUCGGAAGGCCCUGGUUUUGCUCUCAGCGGAGAGCAGGCAGGAACCCAUGGAGAUGAACAGGUUGGCGUCCGAUCCGUGAGUGAGAUGAGAGCGGGCGCCGCGCUCAGAGGCACUCGGCUUCUCCAAGAGCACACAGCGGGCAUGCAUCGACCUCUCAGGGCAGCCAUCGAACAAGCCUUCUCGAUGAUUCGGGCGAGUACAGCUUCGUCGGGAGCGGCCGGAAACCGUCUCCUUCAGCAGCACGUCCUCGGUGUGCUGCUCAUGGUCCGGCUGUUGGACGCGUACUCAGCUCUCCUGCGGUCUCUCCUUGUCUUUGGCGCAACCGUGGCUGGGUCGUCUCCCUCCGCCAGUGCACCACGGGCGGAGCGUGACGGCGGAUCAGGUGUUUCAGAGCGCAAGCACGCCGAGACGCACGAGCAAAGUCGAGGGCCUUCGGUCUCCGAUCCAACGUAUCCGUCGCCCGCCCUGCGAGGGAGAACUGGAAACCCGAUUCGAACCGACGACGAGUUGGUGAACGCUGUCGUGACUCCCGAGCUCGUUCGCUGUUGCGAAGAGUUCGCCGAUAAAGGCGAAGAACUUUUUCUGUCCCUCUGGGAGCGACAGGUCGUCCGGGCAGCGUCGUCCUCGCCGGUAGCUCGGCUGUCGUCCAUGCUGCUCUCAGGUCGUCUCUCGCCCGAGGCGGCUGGAGCAGAAAAAGAGAGUGCAGGGACGGGCGGCGACAGCGAGUUGAUCUCCUCGGCCGAGGGAGGGGUGUUUCUCGAGCUCACAGGCAGGCUCCGAGAAGCUUUAGAGAUCUUGCAUGCUCCCGUGAUUUCUGCAGAAGAAGAAGACGAGCUCUGGCUGCUUGCUUCCGGGAUAGCCGCCGCUGCGUCGCGUCCGGCGAGCGCAGAAAAAAAGGGGGAAGGAUCAGUCCCGUCCUGGGCCACGGCUCAGGCUGUCCUGGACGUGGUUAUAAACAGAGACGCUUUGAUUUGGGGGACUGAGGUGAAGUUGCGCGGAUGCCGACUGGAAGGGGUCCGGCGGAGCCGAGUCACGGGGCUGAGCGCAUUCGAGGAGCUCAGCGGCGACGGGAGCGACAGCGGGCCGGCAAGUGAAGAGCUGCAUGCCUGGGUGGAAGCCUCGGUUGCGCCUUUGCUGAACUUCUGCAGGCAAGAGGCGCGUCGCUUCAGCGAUGCCGGCGAGACAGCUGUGUGUCUUAUCAAUGCCUACGCAAGUGUCCAAGAGCCGCUGCGCCGAUUCCGUGUUUGCGGGAGCUAUCUGCGCGUGCUAGCUGAACUUUUGGACCAGCAAAUGGCUACUCUCGUUCAGGUCGAAUCAGGCCGAACGCUCGCGUCUCUGGGGCUCGCCGAGAGGCUCGACGCUGUCCGCAGGGCUGUCGAUCGCGAGCGUCGAGGUGGAGUCGCUGGAAACGGAGCUAAACCCCUGUCCGUCGAGGGCAACAAGGCGCCUCUCCAGGUUGGCAGGGAACAGUGUGAAAGUGGACCUGACGACGAUGUGCUUCUUCAUAAGGAAGAGCUCGUCAAGUUCUUUAGGGAGUUCUAUGUUGCACUGUAUGGAGCGAGUGCGUUGAAUCUCGACUACGUCGAUAGGCUGAUGCAUCGACACCUGCGUUCGAAUGCUAGGAAGGCCGUGCUCCAUGCAGUCCUCCAAGCCUACACGGAGAUCUACGUUCACACGAGCGACUUGCGGGCGGCUACGCACACCCCGGAAGACGUUGCGCUGCUUCUGGAUGUGUGA